AUGGACACGGUCGAGCAUAGCGUCGCUCACGAUCCCAAGGCGAACGCCGGGUUGGGGGAUGUUCGCCACCAGGAUACUUCCACUACGGACGACGGCGAGCUGGAGAAACAAUCGACUGGCCAGAAUGAUGGGGAGAGAACAGAGAACUACGACAACGACGGACGACUAGCAGACAACCCCCCACCCCCACCCCCACCCCCCUUCCGCGGCCUCUCCCUCCUCGACCGCUUCCUCGUCCUCUGGAUCCUCCUCGCCAUGGCCCUCGGAAUCCUGCUCGGCGCCCUCGUCCCCAGCACCGGGCCCGCCCUGCAACGCGGCACCUUCGUCGGCGUCAGCAUCCCCAUCGCAAUCGGGCUGCUGGUAAUGAUGUACCCGAUCCUGUGCAAAGUGCGCUUCGAGACGCUGCAUCUGCUGCUGAAAACCCGGGCGUUGUGGAGGCAGAUAGCGAUUUCGUUCGUGCUGAAUUGGAUUGUGGCGCCGUUGUUCAUGACGGCACUCGCAUGGGCGUUUUUGCCGGAUAGGCAGGGACUACGCGAUGGGUUGAUUUUUGUGGGCGUGGCGAGGUGUAUUGCUAUGGUGCUGAUCUGGACGGAUCUGGCGGGCGGGGAUGGAGAUUACUGCGCCGUGCUGGUGGCUUUCAACUCGGUGUUGCAGAUGGUGCUAUUUGCGCCGUUCGCGGUGUUCUAUGUGCGCGUGGUGUCGCACGAUCGGAGCCAGUUCGACGAUCAGCUCUACCAGACCUCUGCGAGGUCCGUGGCGGUUUUCCUGGGGAUUCCGCUUGGUGCGGCGGUGGUGACGAGGCUGGUGUUAAGGAGGGUGUUGGGGGAGCAGAAGUAUCAGCAUUACUUCAUUCGGUUCGUGGGGCCGUGGUCAUUGAUCGGACUGCUGUAUACGAUUGUGGUGCUGUUUGCUUCGCAGGGGUUGCAUGUGGUGGAGCAGAUCACGUCGGUGCUGAGGGUGGCGGCGCCGUUGGUGGUGUACUUCCUGGUCAUUUUCUCCUUUACGGCGUUUUUGAUGUGGAAGUUUGGAUUUGGGUACCGAGUGAGUGCGACGCAGAGCUUCACGGCAGCAUCCAACAACUUCGAGCUGGCGAUUGCCGUGGUGGUCGCAACGUACGGAGCUGGGUCGCAGGAAGCACUGGCUGCGACGGUUGGUCCACUGAUCGAAGUGCCGGUGUUGGUCGCGCUGGUGUAUGUGGCGAAGUUUGCGCGGAAGAGGUGGCAUUGGGAGUAG